AUGGGACCUAAGAUAACAAUUCUACCAGCACCGCCGUUGAACGGUCAAUUCUACUCUUCUCACGAUGAAAUAAAUGGUACUGUGCACCUCUCCAUCUCCAAAUCCCUCCCUAUUAAAAACAUCACUGUGCUUCUGCGUGGAUUUGCUGAAACCAUGACGAAAUUUGACCAGGAGUACCUCAUGUCUCCCUCUUUGCAAGAGCAUCGGUCCUACCAUACUUUGCUGGACAUGGAAACCCGUGUUUUCCCACCUGAUAACGUUUGGGAUGCACUGGAGGGAUCGUCUAAGCCUUUCAAAGUGAAACCGGGGGAAUACGAUUAUCAAUUCAAGUUUGAUAAGUUCCCCCGAAGGCCAAAAUGUCUGGCCAACCAUAGGGUCACGGACACUGUAUUUGUCAAGAGGAGAGAAAACUAUCUGCCGCCCAGUUUCAAUAAUAAAUGGAAAGAGUUCAAUAAGAUUGAUAAUUUAGAUUUGUAUUUCUACUCUUUGGGGAAAAUCAUUUACAACUUGCAAGUGAGAAUUGAAUUAGGGAAGUCAAUGAAUUGGUAUAAGCCAUUUGAUAAGUUCUUGAGAGAGUAUUCAAUCAUUGAAUUUAUCCCUGAUUCCAAAUUAUUAGAACAAGGUUUGAAUGGAUCUCCAACUUCUUCAGCGUUGCCACAAGGUGCUGAGGAGAUGACAAUGGCAAUGUACCCAGAGGAUAUUAAGAGGCCGCCAUUGGAUCUGAGAUCCAUGGAGACCGAGUUGAAUACUGUUGAUACUGACCCUUCCAGUGCAAAUGGAACAUUUAGCAGAGAUACCAUGAUUGAUAGAUUGGGGAUACGAUCAGCGGUCCCUGCGACGAUGACAAUGGGGAAUGAGCACAUAUAUAAAUCGAGAUACAAGAUUGGAUUGCCCGAUGGAGAUAGUAAUCUGUGGUUGGAGAUUCGUAGUCGAGAUAACGCCAUCAAGCAAACAUACCGAAUGGACCCCAUGUUUCAAGAGGGCAGUGGCCGUUUCGAUCAAGUGUUUUUGAUGCUUUCGUGUUCCAGUGAUAACGUACGGGAGACAUUAUCCAUGGUUAUGAAGAAUGUGGCAGCGAAGAAAUUACAAUUGAAUUUACUGGAGACUGUUACGUUUUUGUCACAAGGUGUGGGUAAUGAGAACUUCUCAUCGUUACGAUUGGCAGCUUUAGGAUUGGAAGCGGACGUGGAAGGUGCUGAUGAUGUGUUUGAUGGUGGUGAAUUUGAGUAUGUAUCUCGAGGAAGUAAACAUUCAGCUGGCCCGAUGUAUUAUAAGUUCCAAUGUGAAUUGAAGUUGAAGAAAAUCCCUGCGUUACAAUAUUUGUAUUUCAACCAGGAGGAUUACAGACAUCGUGGGAAUAGGUUGUAUAGUUUUAAGACGUGUACGAUCAAGAGAGAAUUCCAGUUUCAGUUGUUGAUUGAUUGGGAGAUCAAUGGAUCUGCCAAAGUCGGGAGACAAACGGAAGUUAUCAUCAAACCCGUGCAGAUAUUCUGCCAAUGUCGACCCAAUAGUAGUGCAUUGAGAUCUGGAGCUGCACCGGAUUAUACUCGAGGUGGGAUGGCCAUAGGAGAGGUGGAUGCUCUGCCCUUGUAUGUGCCACCACCAGAGUAUGUGGAGACACCCAAGGAUACGUAG